AUGAAGGUAAAGCACAUCCAUUACUGGCCUGGCGAUAAUAUUUCUUUCACGUGCAAUGUUUGUCAACCAGAUUUUCAUUCAAAUAGGAAGAUCAAAAUGUGGGGUUGGGCCGCAUAUAUAUACGACUUUUUCGAUCAUUACCAGAAGAAUAAGAAGUUGCAACUCGCGGAUGUUGGCGUGCAAUUUUUACAACUCAACUCCGAGAUCAAUACAAGGCCAAACGAAUUCUAUGGAUCAGAGAAUUGUGAUCCGUCUUACAUGCCCGGAAAUCGAGAUCAGGCCACAGGGAACGGAUCUUUGCCCCAUAUCCGACGACAAACGUUUGAACAAAUUGGCAAUACGUUACACAUUCAUAAUUCUGAAGCAAGGGCGGCUGGUGUGUAUUUUUGCUAUGAUGAUACUGCGUUGCAUUUGGUCCGUUAUUUCUAUAUUCUUCACGCAAUGACGCCGAUCAAUCGAGUCAAUUGGAUGGAUGAUGUCAAUUUGAAGAAUCGUGUUCCACUGAGUCCGGAUAUGGGCAAAAUGGUCAGUGAAUCGCCUGACAAAAAGGCUUCAUUACCGCCUCCAUUUCAACGUAGCAAUGAUUGCGGGAAACCGAUUUAUAUGUACCCGGAUACUCAAUGGAAAUUCCACUGGCAUCCCAUCAUCUAUAAACGCGAAAAUGAGCCUAUCUUUGAUAGCGGUGAUCUUGAGUGCGAACAAUAUUUGAAACUUCACCCCCACACCGACGACUUAGUGAUACGAAAAGUGCCGGAGACGCCGAUACAUCUGCAUAAU